AUUGAAAACUUGCUGACAAAACUGCUCAGUCGUGAAACACACCUCUCUGUCAUUCCCUCCGCGAAUACCUACCAAACAUUUAGGCAUGUAAACACUAUUUCUGCAUGCAACGCAAUCUAUUUUCAUAAAAGCAUCGGGUUGAAUUAAACGCGUUAAUAAAUUUAGCCGACAUCACAACAUAUAGUUCUCAUAACGUCGGUCGACUUGACCAACCGACAUGGCCCAGGAUCGACCACCGAAUCGUCAACCAACUCGCGUUGGACUGUGGUGCGUCCCCCGAUCAACCUCAACUGUAUUGACCAAAUGUCUGAGCGCCAUUGACGGAAUGGACGUCUAUCUGGAGAUCUAUUCCUAUGCUGCUCUACUGAGAGGCUACUAUUCCACGUCGACGGGUCGUAAGCUUCCCCUCGACAUCGUCGGCAACGAGGCCGUCUACGAAGAGGCUAACGACAUCUGGGAGAAAAAUGUCGGCUACCGAAUGUCGCCGAGAUGGAUGUCAUAUCAAACCAUCAAGGAAGAUCUUGAAAAUGCCAACGGUGACUUCAUUCUACUCAAGGAGAUGGCAUCAAAUCCAAUCGAUCCCCAAUGCCUUCCCGGAGGAUACAAAUACACAUUCCUCAUCCGGGAUCCGACUCGGGUUUACACUUCGGCUAGGAAGAUAGCCGGGUCGAAGUAUGCCGAGGUCGGCAUGAUAUCUUCCGAAGCCGACUUCGAUUUGAUCCGAGAUGACCCGAUCGAUAAUCAACCAAUGAAAUGGUACGAAAAUCAGCAUCGGCUUUGGAAGUACGUGAAAGAGAACAUCGAUCCGAACCCGAUUGUUCUCGAUGCAUCCGAUAUCCUUACCCGACCAGGACCGACCAUCCGGGCAUUCUGCACCGCCGUCGGAUUCCCCUACUGCGAUAAGCUUCUUCAGUUAAAACCUACGAGUGAAAUCCCAAACAAUUUUGUCACAGCGGGUAAAAACGUCUUCAAGGAGAUGUUUAUGUAUUAUGAGAGAGCUUUCACAAGCACGCGUUUCGUGCCAGAUGGACUUGGAUCGGUACCACGUGAUAAGUUGCCUGAUGAUGUCAUCAAAUGUGUUGAUCAUUCGAUGCCAUUCUAUGAGGAAAUGUUUCAGAGCAAACUAUGUGUUUUGUAAAUCUUAUUUUGCAUCAUCACCACCACCACCAUCCUCAUCAUCAUCAUCCUCAUCAUCAUAAAAGUCGUCAUCAUCAUCAUAAUAAUUAUCAUCAUCAGCAUCAGCAUCAUCAUCAUCAUCAUCAUCAAAGUCGUCAUCAUCAUCAUCAUCAUCAUAGUCCGCCUUCUCUUUCUUUUCAUUACCAUCAUCAUCAUCAUAAUCAUCCCCACCAUCAUGAUAAGUAUCAUAACUAUAAAUAGUUAUUCAACCUGUUGACCAAUUAGGUAAAAUUAUUAUUUGUAGACCAAUCUUAAAAAAGAUUACGAUUGCAGUGAAAUCUCUCUUUAAUAUGUCUGUAUGAAGAACAAAACAUGUAGCCUUUACAACAUCCCUUAUAGAGAUAACAUAUUUUGAUACCUCGAAGUUUAUCUCACUGAAUAAUAAUAAUAAUGAUACGACUACUACUUUUACUACUACUACUACUACUACUACUACUACUACUACGACUACUACUACUACUACUACUACUACUACUAUACUACUACUACUAUUUCUACUACUACUACUACUACUACUACUACUACUACUACUACUACUACUAUAUUCUACUACUAUAUUCUACUACUACUACUACUACUACGACUACUACUACUACUACUACUACUACUACUAUUACUACUACUACUACUACUACUACUGCUACUACUACGACUACUAAGACUACUACUACUACUAAUAAUAAUACUACUACUACUGCUACUACUUAUAUGAUAAUAAUAAUACUAAUACUAAUACUAAUACUACUGCUACUAUUACUACUACUACUACUACUACUACUGAUUAUUUUAUUUAUACCCAGGGUAUAUAGUCACAGUUUUUAACCUGCUCUUUAUAAACCAUAUAAAAUCCCUGCAUAGCAUAGGGAGUUUCACACCGCGACGCAGAACGCUUUCAAGAACAUAGAAAAUGUAUUGUCAAUUGCCCUUCAUGACAAUGUGACACCAAGAUUUCUUGUCGAAAAUUGGUGAAUCAAAACAGCAGUUACACCCUGGACUCUGGACAAACGGCAUAUUUGCUGUUUUUUUCAUCAGAUCCGAAACGUAGGACAAAACUGCUGUUUCGGUUCACAAUUCUCGACAUAGACCACCUGGCUGUUCAUUGUCAUUUGACGGGCAUUUUUAAUAAUUUGCUAUGUUCUUGAAUUCGUCCUGCGUCGCAGUGCGAACACUCGCUAUUAUGUUAUUAUAACCUUUCUCCAAUAUAAAUGAUGAACGCCUAGCAAAACCAUUAAAGCACAAGGUUCCACUGUUAAAAGUCUUUGGUAUGACUCGACCAGGGAACGAACCCAUGCCCCCCCCCCCCCCCGUUCAUGAGGCGGGCGCUCUACGAAUGAGCCACUAUGCCCGGUGGCGUAAAAUUUUGUAAUUUGAACAUCAAUAAUUUUUUUCAAUUUUCAGAGAUUAUAGCACCGUACGGAGUGUUCAAAGCGUAUUUUAUGUUCUGAACAGAUUGAAAAUAAUGAGCAAUUUGGCGCAACGACAUCUCAAACUGUGGAUCGAGCGAGGGCGGUGGACGAAUUUCGUUUGGGGGGGGGGGUAAAAAGGGCACUUAUAUAUCAAAAUGGGCAUUUUGGUGCAAACGGAUUUUCACCAUUAGAUUAUCAUCUGCGUGAAGUAGCUGUGUGUUUGUAUUAAUAAAGUUGAGUAAGGCCAAAGCGAUUUCUGAUCGAUAGGAUAGGCCUAUACAUUUAUGUUUUUUCCGCGAGCGAGCGGUUUGGAAAAAAAUUCAAAGCUAAAGUUAUGAAUUCGCUUAUGGUCAAUUAUGGCGUUAAUUAAUGUUAAAAGGGCACCCUUGCGAGAUGAUGCGAGCGCGAAUCGCGAGCUCAAACUUGAGACAUUUCAUGUAAGAAGACAUGAGAAUUAAACAUUUCGAGUAUUUUUUUUAUCAUGAAAAUGAUGUAAAUCUAACUAAGGAAUUGACGCGAGCUGAAAUAUUUAAUAUAUUGACCAGAAAAGAAACCUGAUAAGGACUGUAUUUAGUGAUUGAUGAAUAGGAUACAUAUCUCACCAAUCAAAUAAUACGAGCGCGAUGGGCGAGCUGAAAAAUUUUGAUAUUCCAACCUGAGAAAGUACUUUUGUAACCAAGAACAGAAUGAGUACCUUACUAAACAAUAAUUGAUGCGAGCUCAAAAUGUUGUGAUUUUCUAGCCUAAAAUGUAUUGUUCUACUACAAAAGGGUAUUUCAUUUUGAUAAAGGACACUUUCCAUUUUUUUUUGGGGGGGGAGGGGGGGGGGACAAGUGACCCCCUGCCCCCGGGUAUAAAACACUGCCUGUGAAUUUUUUUAUUACGAACUUAAAUCUCUGGGUAAAGCACUGCCUGUGGACUUUUGAUUAAGUUACAAUUAAACUAAAACUGAAUUAAGUAAGUCACCAUCAGGUCUUUUUAAAACGAUCCCCUGAUCUCAAUUAGGUUACCUCCAUGUUCAGAGCAUGGUUAGAUGUACUCCAAUCACAGCAAUCUGCAACUCUGCAAUUGCGCCAUCUGUCAAUGAUAACCAGUAUACUUCACAGUGGUAUAUACUUCAACUUUUUCUAAUCGACAGUGGUGAACAAAAUAAUCACCCCUGUUUUAUCAGAAUUGUACGGUGCCCCUAAGGUGACAUGAUAUAUAUUUUUUCACAACUCUUUUUUUUCUAGGCUUUUAACUCUGUACCUCGUUUUACAAACUAUAGUUCCCUCGGCUUACUAACGGUGGAUUAAAAACCAAUAGAGCACAUUAGUAGUAAAUCGAGGGAAUUUGUUGGUAAAUCAAGGAAACAAGUUAUGAAAAAAUUCAGAUGUCGAGUCACCAUUUCUCAUGUCCCUGGUUUUGCAUGUUUUACUUCCACUAAUAACUUCUUUGAGCAGACUACGUUGACAGUUAAAUGGAGCUUUAAAAAGGUGCCCAUCACAUCCGGCUCUCGACUCAUUAACUGAAAAAUUGCCAUUAAAUGGGGAAAAAAGAAGAAAUUCAGGGUGUUUACAACAAGCAUGAUCAGAAAGAGUUGACGAGGUAUGAUGUGUCGGAUCUUUUCAUAUUACUCCAAAAUAUCAUAUACUUAAAUCGCAAUUGUAAUAUAAUUUUCUUAUGAUAUUUCAAUAACAAAUACCUUAUGAAGCAUUUGCUGCACAAAUAUUACGAAGUUUUGGAGUGGAGCGGGGGAGGGGGGGGGGGGGGGGGGGCUAGAUAUUUUUCAAAAUUGUAUUGAUGUUUUUAUAUUCGGCAUAUUUUAAUUUUCAUUUGUUUCUGCAACUUUUCAUAAAUUAAACAAAGUAAAAAAGAAAAUACAUAAUACGUAACAAAAUAUUUAAUAAUAAAAUAUGAACAAGGUUGUAUAUUUUCUAUAACAUAAAUAUUUAAAAAGGUUGCAGGGGUUGCCACUAUAAGCUUAGCUUCACUUUAAACCAGUAAUUAAAAUUUGUGGAUUUGUUUUUAAGUUUGUGUAUAUUUUUCUGUAUGUAUGUAAUAUAAAUAAUCAUAUAUAAAAAAUAGGGGAUUAGCCUUGUUAUAGUCCUUCGGUCUUUACCGGUCCCUGCAUUCAAUAAUAUUGCUUUUGUUUGGUGUUGUACUAUUACUAGUCUUUGAUCGUUAUCUUUUCUAUUGUAUUUUGUCUUUUGCCCAUUAAAAUGUUUUUUUUUGAUAUUGCUUUACCAUGUUCAUGUAUGCUUUUAUUCUGGGUGUAAAUACAAUAUCACAAUGGGGUAAUAAAUCAAUCAAUUAAUCAAUCAAUCAAUCAGGAGGCUUCAUGCCACAGUAAUUCAGUUAACCUUUUCUGUCCCUGGCGUUCCAAUGGUUGGUAUUUCUUAUUUUGUAUUGUUUAUACUGAAAAUUUAUUUUUGUAUUAUUUGCCGAAUAAUAAUAAUUAAUAUACGCAAAAUUACUUGGACUUUGUUGGAGAUAAUCAUGUAUAAUGUGUUCUGUGAAUAAUGUAUAUUAUCAUGAUAUACAGAACUUGCGAUAUAAUGAAAAACCACAAGAGACAAAUUUUGUUCCAACAUACAUUGCAUUCAUACAAAUGGAACAAUACCUUGAGUUCUACAAUACACCAUGAACUAGAUGAAGAAUGGGAUACUCC